AUGCAAGACUUCUACCGGCAGGCCAAUAUGUUAAUUGGAUUCUUCAUUCUUCUAUCUGCGUUGGUAACAGCCUGCAGUUCCUUUGAAUUAACUCCUGGGAAUCGAGACAACAGGACCCUUCCAUGUAAUAUUAGGAAAAAGGGUUUAUUAACUAUAUUUGAUUGCAGCGGACGGGGGUUAAAACAAGUACCUCUUCCCAUCAAGUAUUCUGCAGAUUUCUUGGAGCUUAUUCUAUCUCGCAAUCACAUAGGCUCUGUAAGUAAAGCAUCAUUUCAACACUGGUAUAACCUCACAAAAAUAGACUUACAUUUAAACCAUAAGACUAAACGUGAGAAUGUGGACAUGUGCAAAAGAGGGCCAAAAAUAGAAGAUGGAACAUUUUCCAAGCUAUCAAAACUGAAACAACUGUAUAUUCAUAGUGAUUAUUUAUGUAAAGUACCCACUGGAUUGCCUAAAAACUUAUAUGAGCUGAAUCUGGAGAAAAAUAAUAUAUUUUCAAUAGGUAGGGAGAGUUUUUCUGAAUUAAUACAGUUGAAAAAGUUACAUCUUGGAUACAAUUGUUACUAUGGUAAUGGGUGUGAUAGUGUAUUCGAGAUUCAAGAUGGUACAUUUGACAAACUCCAAGAAUUAACGAUACUCUCCCUUUGUUUUAACAACUUAACCAGAGUCCCACGCGAUCUGCCAUCAUCAUUAAAAGAACUUUAUAUAAACAAUAACAAGAUAACAGUGAUUGGUAGGGAUGAUUUUAAGAAUUUGGUCAAUUUGAGUGUUCUCAAUUUGAAUGCUAACUGUCCAUGGUGCUAUAAUACUUACUAUCCUUGCGUGCCCUGUAUUGGAUAUUCAUCUAUUGAAAUCGAUCUCUAUGCUUUCCAGUACCUCACAAACUUGCGUGAACUUAACCUCGCAAGCAAUUCUUUGAAAUCCAUACCGAGCAAAUGGUUUGAAAACACAACGAAUUUGCAAGUGCUGAGUCUUCAAUUCAAUUUUCUGGCAAAGGAAAUGGCAUCGGCAGAGUUUUUACUCAAAUUACCUUUUCUCCAAGUUCUUGACUUAUCUUUUAAUUAUGAGUUAUUGUCGUAUCCACGAAAUAUUAAUAUUUCAAAUAAUUUUUCCAAGUUAGUAUCCCUCAAAGAGUUGUACAUUAAAGGAUAUAUUUUUCAAAAAAUUAGUCAAUACAAUAUGGCUCCUUUAACAAAACUCACGAAACUGAAUAUCCUAAACUUUGGAGUCAAUUUUGUUACACACGUUGAUUUUAAAGUGUUUGAACUGUUUCCCAAUUUAACGGCACUAUACUUGUCGGAAAAUAAAAUAUCACCGAUUUCUGAAAAUGUCAAUCCAGGAAGAUUUUUAGAAUCAAAUCCAAACAAGUAUGUUUUAUAUGAAAACUCAGAACAAAGGUCUACAAUAUCCAUGUCAUCCAGACUUCUUCCUCACUGUAUUGCAAGGGGAAAAGCAGUAGACCUCAGCUUGAAUAGCAUUUUUUUUAUAGAUCCAGAGGCAUUUAGAUCAUUUGGAGAUGUAUCUUGCUUGAAUUUAUCAUUUAAUGGGAUUGGACAGAAUUUAAAUGGGACAGAAUUUAUCUAUUUGAAAAAUCUGAAAUAUCUAGAUUUAUCUAACAACAAACUUGAUUUUGCAUCUGUUAAUGCAUUUCAGGAACUACCACAAUUGGAGAUCUUAGAUUUGAGUUUCAAUAAGCAUUAUUUUGUGAUAAGCGGUGUAACACAUCAGCUAACAUUUAUUGAGAAUCUUCAUAAAUUAAGAAUAUUAAAUCUAAAUUGGAAUGAAAUAGCAACACUAACUGAAGCUGAGAUUAAAAGUUGUUCAUUACAAAAGUUAAUGUUUGCCGGAAACCGUUUGGACAUCUUAUGGAAAAAUGGAGACUCACGUUACCUAAACAUUUUUAAGAAUUUUUCCAGCCUUACCCUACUUGAUAUAUCUCACAACAAACUACAUACCAUCUCUGAUGAGGUUCUCAGUAAAUUGCCGCAGAGCCUCAAUAAGCUGUUUUUGAACGACAAUGACUUGACAUUUUUCGAAUGGAAGAAUCUUAGACAUUUUAAGAAUCUAAAACUACUCAACCUCAAUAACAAUAGGUUAACCACGAUCACGGGCAACUUGUCCGGUUACACACAGUCUUUAAAGUCACUUCAACUCAGUAACAACAAGAUUUUCACAUUACCCGUGGCAUUUCUAUACCAGGUCAGGAGCCUCACUUUUUUAGAUCUAAGUGACAACAGCAUUGAAAAAGUAAACAAGACAAUAUUUUUGUCAGGCAAGGAACUAUUUUUAGAGGUUUUAAAUCUAAAAGGGAAUCCAUUUGAUUGCACGUGUGAAAUUAUAGACUUUAUCAUGUGGAUUUUUGAAAAUAACGUUACAAUUCCACGACUGGCUACUAACGUCCUUUGUGCUACCCCCUCUGACAGAAAAGGAAGUGGACUUGUAUUUUUCGACUUACAUGCCUGUAGUCUUGACAAAAUUUCAAUGCUACUCUUCUUUUUGACAUUUUUUCUAGUUAUUAUUGUAACCACUUUGCCCGUUAUAAAGCAUUUAUUUUAUUGGGAUUUUUGGUACAUUUACCAUUUAUUUGUGGCACACUUCAAAAGACGUAAAACAUAUAGUCCUGCUACUCUGUAUGAAGCAUAUGUGUCUUAUGAUAACAAGGACAGGGCUGUCAGUGAUUGGAUUUUUAAUGAACUAUGUUACCACUUGGAGCACAAGGGAGAACAUAUUCACCUCUGUUUAGAAGAAAGAGACUGGGAGCCAGGAAGAGCUGUAAUUGAUAAUAUUGUGCAAAGUAUUAACGAAAGUAAAAAUACAUUAUUUGUUCUGACCAAAAGUUAUGUAAAAACUGGAAAGUUUAAAACAGCUUUUUAUCUGGCUUUACAAAAACUGAUGGACGAGAACAUGGAUGUUAUUAUAAUUGUCCUGCUGGAGCCAGUUUUACAAAAUUCCCAAUACCUGAAGCUUAGAAAAAAACUCUGUAAGAGCUCCAUCCUGGAGUGGCCAAAAAAUCCACACGCAGAAGGCAUCUUUUGGCAAAAGAUGAGAAAUGUCCUAUUGACUGAAAACUGCAGCAGAUACAAUCAUUUUUAUACAGAUGCUGUUUUGAUCUAGAUGAGGAAUUGGAAAGGACAAUAAAGUUAAUCAAGAGUACCAUAA